AGACUUGGUGUGGUGUGAUACAUCUAAAGGGCACUCAUGCGUUGUUGGUUGAUUUGGAUGUCAUAUUUUCAUUCAGUUUUGAUGCGAUGUGGUGUACGUACAAGCUGAUAACAGCAACAACCUUAUCAACUUGAAGCAACAUAUAUAGGAAGUGAUUUAAAAAUAUCAAGUUAUUAGUGAUUCUGUGAUGGUUUAUACUACACACUGGAUUGUGUUGUAACUUGUAAAAUUUAUUUUUCUCUUACAAUUUUCUGCCUUAAAUAAUAACAAUGCCAGAAAGUAAAUUACAAAACGGUCGAACCAAAGCAGUUCGAGUUUGGUGCGACGGGUGUUAUGAUAUGGUUCACUUUGGUCACGCAAACUCUUUGAGACAAGCGAAAGCCUUAGGAGAUUAUCUAAUAGUCGGUGUUCACACUGACGAAGAAAUUACCAAACAUAAAGGGCCUCCGGUAUUUACUCAAGAAGAGAGGUAUAAAAUGGUUAGAGGAAUAAAGUGGGUAGACGAAGUAGUGGAAGGAGCACCAUAUGUAACUACUCUGGAAACUUUGGAUAAAUAUGAUUGUGAUUUUUGUUGUCAUGGAGAUGACAUUACAAUGACCGCUGAUGGAGUAGAUACUUAUCAUAUGGUUAAAACUGCCGGACGGUACAGAGAAGUACAACGGACUGCUGGUGUAUCUACAACUGAUCUAGUUGGUCGCAUGUUAUUGCUUACAAGAAACCAUUUUCGACAAGGUGAACAUGAGUAUGACGUUGAAAAAGAACAUUCUUCAACAAUGGGCCAAGACUCUUUAGCAAGGUCACCAUGGACUGGAUGCUCACAGUUUUUACCAACAACUCAGAAAAUUAUUCAGUUUUCUGAUGGGAAGCCGCCCAAACCAAGCGAUAGAGUCAUUUACGUAGCAGGAGCCUUUGAUUUGUUUCAUGUGGGACAUUUAGACUUUUUAGAAAAAGCCAAAGAGUGUGGAGAUUAUUUGAUAGUGGGGUUACACACAGAUCCCGUUGUAAAUCGUUACAAGGGUUCCAACUAUCCGAUUAUGAAUCUACAUGAACGUGUUUUGAGUGUACUGGCGUGUAAAUAUGUUUCCGAGGUCGUUAUUGGUGCCCCUUACACGGUAACCAAAGAUCUUAUGGAUCAUUUUAAAGUUGACAUUGUAAUACAUGGGACCACACCUGUUAUGAACGAUGUUGAUGGAAGAGAUCCAUUUGCAUACCCUAAACAAAUCAAAAAAUUUAUUACUGUCGAGUCAGGAAAUGAUAUGACUACUGAAAAAAUUGUUGAUCGAAUUAUUAGAAAUAGAUUGGAAUUUGAAGCAAGAAAUGUAAAAAAAGAAAAGAAGGAACUGGAAGUCAUAAAAUUCCUAGAAAAAGAUAAAUUAAAAGAGAGUAGUUUUAAAAUAUCAGCAAGACUUUAAACGCUGUGAUUACCACCCAACAUCCGACGGUCCGUAGUCUCCAGCGCAGCUUGGAUAAAUAGCUCUUCACCAGUGUUUAGUUAUCGUUAUGAUAGUUGGCAUUAAUGUACCAUAUUUGAAGUUUUGGUUCUCAGUUUAGUCAUAUUUAUAAUUACACGAAUAGAAUGAAAUGGAUAUUGAAAAGCGAUUUGAGUAGAUUAGCCCCUAACAGUUGUUACUGUACUUUAAUUACAAUAGAUUUUUCAUUAUAAGUGUAUCAUAGAUUGACGUUUCGUAAUUUAAAGCAUGACAUUUAUUUGUAUUCAAAUUUUUCGACUUUAAUAAAUUAAACCUCUUAUUCCUUGACCAACAUAGAAAGCGAAUUUUUAUUUAUAUUAAUUGUGUAGCAAAAUUAAUGAAAAAAUUACAAACGUCAGUUAAUGAAACCGAUUACAUAAGUUAGUAGAAGUUCUAUUCAAUUUUUUUUGUUUAUAUUUAAUACGAUUAGUGAAAAAUAUGCUGUACAACUAGGACGAAGUAGUAUUGAUUUCUCACAAGUGUGACUGACAAAUAACAGACCUACUUCAUUCACGUUGUAUAUAAUUUUUACUGGAAUACUGUAACUGUACAAUUUGAUAUGAUAUACUUAUUUGAAUUAUAAUAGGAAGAAAAUAUUUUACUCAAUAUUGAUUGAUUGUCAAUAUAACAUAACAUCAUACAACAGUACUCUAACCAAAAAUUAUAGUCUGCAAUUAAGUAACGUUGUAUUAAACUGUAGUAUCAGGAAAUACGUUGGCCUUCGUUAUGAGCAAGUGUUAUUUGUACAGGGCUAAAUUACAGUACCAAAUUUGUAUCCCUGAUUAUUACAGUUUUGUUUCAUAAGAGAAAUGUAAUUAUAAAAAAUUGGAGCUAAAAAUUUUCAAAAAAUUUAUUGUGAAAGCUUUAAAUGUUAAUAUCACGGACGUUGUAUUAAGAAGACGGAAAUGUAUGUUUGGUGUGUUGAGAAAGUGGCCCAUUCGUUCACUCCUCAGUUGCCAUUUACAAUCUUUUUUGAAACAUCCCGUCGGCUAAAACGAGGAAGUCACUGCCACUCGUUUUUUUUUGCUAAACUUUUUUACAUCGAUUUUCGUUAACUACUCUCGUCGAUUGUUUUUGUUGUGUUCACUGUGUUUGGUGAAACCAAUUAAGUUUUCAUCACUAUUUAUGUUUAAAAUAUUUCCAUACGGUUGGUGGAGUGAUACAACUGGCUUGUCACUACUGCACGCUCCUUCUCUCUCUUUAGUUACUGCUUAUGGCUUUUCGUAGGAGGAGUCACAUAUUUGAAAUGAUACCGUCCUCUUAAUAUAACAUCUUUGGUUAAUAUGUUAUAAUUAAAAUCCUUGGUGAGAUCAAUCGCCAUUAGAAAUUUUGUUUAAAACUCAUUUCUUGGCGCAAGUGCAGUAGGCUUAGUUUAAUGAUUUAAUUCCAGGGUACGUAUAGCUUCAUACCAAUUAAAUUUUAUCUUUAUGUGAUUAUGUGUCUAUACAUCUAAUAUAUUGUUCAUAAAU